CAGUUGACUCUAACCAAAUAUAGUUGAGGCCCACAACCGCAAAAGUUGUUUUCUUUGUUAGGUUUGAUAUAACUUGUCCUUUUUGGGGUUUUUUUUUUCAUGGAAAAACCAAGGUUGACGAUGGAAUAUGGGAGCGAAUAUCUAUUGGGUAAUACUUUCACGCGGGCGAUCGUGAUAAGUGUAUUAGAUAAGAAAUAUGGACAGGAAGAAGCCGUGUGGAAUACUAAUUUCAGCGGAAGUGCAUCGAUCGAUAUAAGGGUGGGGUUUUUAUCGCAAUUUUAUAAAUUACGGAUGGAUCUUUAAUUUCAUAUCAAGUUGCGCAACCCUGCCGGAAGUGCCACCAUACUAUAUAAGAGCGACUGCCAUAUCGCACCAAAAUUUCAAUUCACAUCAGCAAUUCGACAUGAAGAAAGCCUCGGUGUCCUUUAUUUAUGCUUUGGCGAUUUGGGCUGUGGAAAUGGUUGCCGACACUCCGGUCGGAGUCGGAACGAUUACUGGGAAUUACCUGACGGCAUCCAACGGAAUCGUCGCUUACCUGCCGGCCACCAGGUACCCGUCGAUGCCGUGGGCUCUGCAACGUGUCCAGAACGCCCCGAAAGUCGUUUCGGCCUACCUGCCCAACCAGUACGCCUCGCCGGAAUCCAAGCCCUGGGCCCUUCCGUCGCGAUUUCCCGACACUCCCAGCAACGUGGUGGCCGCUUACCUGCCCGCUCAAUAUUCAUCCGCAGCAAUAUUACCCUGGCGUCUUCCCCUGCAAACUUCCGGGGCGAGGUUCAGCUAAAGACGUUGAUGGGAAUGACAAAUAAUCGCUUCCGGAUAUUAUAGUAAAUACCUCGAGACCCACCUGAUAUUUUAAAAAAGAAAUAACAGUUUAUUGAAAUUUAACCAUUGAAAACUCUGUCAUUUUCAAAUUUCUGUGGCUACACAAAUUGUUGAACUGAAAUUCCUGGCUCUACGUGACUUUUUCCGUCGUGGUUGUCAAUCGUAAAAUUAUGUUAUCUAAAGUUCUCAGUGUGAAUACAUGAAAAUUGUAGUUAAAUAAUUCCAUAGCGAUAAAGGCGAUAAAUCAUUUGAAAUCUGUUUGAGCAUUCAAGGUAGAGAUUUAGGCUAUACUGAAGGG